AUGGCUCCUGCCGCCGGCACAGCUUCAGCUCCCGCCAAUAGGGCCCGAGAUGACCUUGACUCUACGUGGGCUUACCUCGAGGUCAAUGUAAACAAUGUCAUGACCAAACUUCAAGAGGGUCUUGAUAUGAAGACGUACAUGGGCGUUUACACUGCGGUUCACAACUUCUGCACCUCGCAGAAAGCAGCGACAAACCAAGCUCCAUCUGCAUCCCAAGCAACUCUGAGCCCGAACCAUCGUGGCGCUCACCUUCUCGGCGAAGAACUCUACACACUACUAGGUCGAUAUCUGACUGAACACCUUCGCGGGGUACUUGUCCAGUCUGAAUCGCACACCGAUGAGGCUCUCCUCACAUUUUACAUUCGAGAAUGGAAGCGAUAUACCGAUGCGGCCAAGUACAACAACCAUCUUUUCAGAUACCUCAAUCGACACUGGGUCAAGAGAGAGAUUGACGAGGGCAAGAAGAAUGUCUAUGAUGUCUACACACUCCACCUGGUGAAAUGGAAGGAUGACUUCUUCAAGGCUGUCGAGUCCAAAGUUAUGGACGCCGUCCUUCGACUUGUCGAGAAACAGCGCAAUGGCGAGACGAUCGAUCAAAUGCAGAUCAAGGCCAUUGUUGAUUCGUUCGUGUCACUCGGCUUGGACGAACAUGAUAGUACUAAGUCUACCCUCGAUGUCUACCGCCUGUAUUUCGAACGUCCAUUCAUCGCCGCCACUAAAGAGUACUACACUAAUGAGUCAAGACGCUUCGUUGCCGAGAACAGUGUGGUCGAAUACAUGAAGAAGGCCGAGGCUCGUCUUGAGGAAGAAAGGGAACGAGUGGGACUCUAUCUGCAUCCCGAUAUCAUGAAGAAGCUCAUGGAGACCUGCAACGAGGCUCUUAUCAGUGCUCACUCUGUCCUCCUGCGAGAUGAGUUCCAGGUUCUUCUCGACAAUGAACGCACCGAAGAUCUGGCUCGCAUGUACAAGCUGUUGUCAAGAAUCAAGGAUGGGCUGGAUCCUCUGCGCACCCGUUUCGAGGUCCACGUUCGCAAGGCUGGUACUGCGGCUGUUGAAAAGGUAGCUGCCAACGGUGACAACUUUGAACCAAAGGUAUACGUCGACGCAUUGCUCGAAAUUCACGGCAAAUAUCAACAACUCGUCAACGUCGCCUUUAAUGGAGAAUCAGAGUUUGUUCGGUCGUUGGACAACGCGUGUCAAGAAUUUGUCAACCAUAACCAAGUUUGCAAGUCAAACUCCACUCGAUCCCCGGAGCUGCUUGCCAAAUAUGCCGAUCAACUUCUCAAGAAAGGAGCCAAGGCUGCUGAUGAAUCUGAGCUUGAAGAAUUACUUGUCCAGAUCAUGGUGGUGUUCAAAUACAUCGAAGAUAAGGAUGUUUUCCAGAAGUUUUACUCUCGCAUGUUGGCCAAACGUCUUGUUCACACCAGCUCCGUUUCCGAUGAUGCCGAAACGAGUAUGAUCAGCAAGCUAAAGGAGGCAUGUGGUUACGAGUAUACCAACAAACUCCAGAGGAUGUUUCAGGAUGUUCAGAUCUCUAAAGAUCUCAAUACUGCCUAUAAAGACUGGCAUGACAAGAUAUUGGAAGACAGCGAUGAGAAGCGAACCGUCGACUCUACUUUCCAAAUCUUGGGUACUGGUUUCUGGCCUCUCAAUGCUCCCAACACACCAUUUGCGCCUCCUGCAGAAAUCAGCAAGGCGAUAGAAUCAUUUACUCGUUUCUACGAUCAGAAACACAAUGGUCGAAAACUUACCUGGUUAUGGCAGUUGUGCAAAGGAGAAAUUCGUGCCAAUUACAUCAAGAGCCAGAAAGUCCCCUACACUUUCCAGGUUUCUACUUAUCAGAUGGCCAUCCUUUUACUUUUCAACGAUUCGGACAAGCUGGACUAUUCUGAGAUCAAAGAACUCACCAAGAUGACUGAUGAGACUAUCGAACCGGCCAUUGGUAUCUUGUGCAAGGCACGUGUGUUGAUUCCAAGCCCGGAAGACGGUAAAGCCGCUCCAGGAACGACUUAUGCUUUGAAUUACAACUUCAAGAACAAGAAGGUCAAGAUCAAUUUGAACAUCACCGUCAAAUCGGAGCAGAAGGUUGAGUCCGAAGAUACCCAUAAGACGAUUGAGGAGGAUAGGAAGUUGUUGCUUCAGGCCGUGAUUGUCCGUAUCAUGAAAGGGCGCAAGAAGUUGAAGCAUGUCCACCUUGUCGAAGAGGUUAUCAAUCAAGUCCGCAACCGAUUCCCUCCCAAGAUUUCCGAUAUCAAGAAGAACAUUGACGCUCUAAUGGAGAAAGAUUACAUUGAACGACUCGAUAAUGACGAGCUGGCAUACAUUGCCUAA